UCUGCCGGCCGGACCGGGGCCGCGACCCGAGGCGGGCGGCGGGGGCGGCGCCCGGGGCUGGGAUGCGCCGGGGGCUCCGUGGCGGCGGCGGCGUCGGCGGCCGCGGGGGGCAGAGCUAGCGUCGCGGCGCGGGGAGCCAGCGCGGCCCGGCGGGCGAGCGGCGUUGGCGUUGGCGGCGGCGGCGCACGCGGAGCGCGAGGGCUGCGCGCCCACCAUGGCCGCCCAGGGCGAGCCCGGCUACCUGGCGGCGCAGUCCGACCCGGGCUCCAACAGCGAGCGCAGCACCGACUCGCCCGUGCCCGGCUCGGAGGACGACCUGGGCGCCGGGGCGCCCCUGCACUGCCCCGAGUGGAGCGAGGAGCGCUUCCGCGUGGACAGAAAGAAACUUGAAGCCAUGUUACAAGCUGCAGCUGAAGGAAAAGGCAGAAGUGGGGAAGACUUUUUUCAAAAGAUCAUGGAGGAAACAAAUACGCAGAUUGCUUGGCCAUCCAAACUAAAGAUUGGAGCCAAAUCCAAGAAAGAUCCCCAUAUUAAGGUUUCUGGAAGGAAAGAAGAUGUUAAGGAAGCCAAGGAAAUGAUCAUGUCGGUCUUAGACACAAAAAGCAAUCGAGUCACAUUGAAGAUGGAUGUUUCACACACAGAGCACUCCCAUGUAAUCGGCAAAGGUGGCAACAAUAUUAAAAAAGUGAUGGAAGAAACACGAUGCCACAUUCACUUUCCAGAUUCCAACAGAAACAACCAGGCAGAAAAAAGCAACCAGGUGUCUAUAGCAGGACAACCAGCAGGAGUAGAAUCUGCCCGAGUUAGAAUUCGGGAGCUGCUUCCUUUGGUGCUGAUGUUUGAGUUACCAAUUGCUGGAAUUCUUCAACCAGUUCCCGAUCCUAAUUCCCCCUCUAUUCAGCACAUAUCCCAGACGUACAACAUUUCAGUGUCAUUUAAACAGCGUUCCCGAAUGUAUGGUGCUACUGUCAUAGUGCGGGGGUCUCAGAAUAACACUAGUGCUGUGAAGGAAGGAACUGCCAUGCUGUUAGAACAUCUUGCUGGGAGUUUAGCAUCAGCUAUUCCUGUGAGCACGCAGCUAGACAUCGCGGCUCAGCAUCAUCUCUUUAUGAUGGGGCGAAAUGGGAGCAACAUCAAGCAUAUCAUGCAGAGAACAGGUGCUCAGAUCCACUUUCCCGAUCCCAGUAAUCCACAGAAGAAAUCCACCGUCUACCUCCAGGGCACCAUUGAGUCUGUCUGUCUUGCAAGGCAAUAUCUCAUGGGUUGUCUUCCUCUUGUGUUGAUGUUUGAUAUGAAGGAAGAAAUUGAAGUAGAUCCACAAUUCAUUGCUCAGUUGAUGGAACAGUUGGAUGUCUUCAUCAGUAUUAAACCAAAGCCAAAACAGCCCAGCAAGUCUGUGAUUGUGAAAAGUGUUGAGCGAAAUGCCUUAAAUAUGUAUGAAGCAAGGAAAUGUCUCCUCGGACUUGAAAGCAGUGGGGUUGCCAUAGCAACCAGUCCAUCCCCAGCAUCAUGCCCUGCUGGCCUGGCAUGUCCCAGCCUGGAUAUCUUAGCUUCUGCAGGCCUCGGACUCACUGGACUAGGUCUCUUGGGGCCCACCACCUUAUCACUGAACACAUCAGCAACCCCAAACUCACUCUUAAAUGCUCUGAAUAGCUCAGUCAGUCCUCUGCAAAGUCCAAGCUCUGGAACCCCCAGCCCCACCUUAUGGGCACCACCACUUGCUAAUACUUCAAGUGCCACAGGUUUUUCUGCUAUUCCACACCUUAUGAUUCCAUCUACCGCCCAAGCCACAUUAACCAAUAUUUUGUUGUCUGGUGUGCCCACCUAUGGGCACACAGCACCAUCUCCCCCUCCUGGUUUGACUCCUGUUGAUGUCCAUAUCAACAGUAUGCAAACAGAAGGCAAAAAAAUCUCUGUUUCUUUAAAUGGACACGCACAGUCUCCAAAUAUAAAAUAUGGUGGAAUAUCCACAACAUCCCUUGGAGAAAAAGUGCUAGGUACAAAUCACGGUGAUCCAUCCAUCCAGACGACUGGGUCAGAGCAGGCUUCUCCCAAAUCCAGCCCUGCAGAAGGGUGUAACGAUGCUUUUGUUGAGGUAGGCAUGCCUCGAAGUCCUUCCCAUUCUGGAAAUGCUGCUGACUUGAAACAGAUGCUGGGUCCCACCAAAGUCUCCUGUGCCAAGAGGCAGACAGUAGAGCUGUUGCAAGGCACAAAAAACUCACACUUACACAGCACUGACAGGUUGCUCUCAGACCCUGAACUGAGUGCUGCAGAAAGCCCGCUGGCUGACAAGAAGGCUCCAGGGAGUGAGCGCGCUGCGGAGAGGGCGGCAGCGGCCCAGCAGAACUCUGAAAGGGCCCGCCUUGGCCCACGACCAUCGUAUGUCAACAUGCAGGCAUUUGACUAUGAACAAAAGAAGCUAUUAGCAACCAAAGCUAUGUUAAAGAAACCAGUGGUGACAGAGGUCAGAACACCUACAAAUACCUGGAGUGGCCUGGGGUUUUCUAAGUCCAUGCCAGCUGAAACCAUCAAGGAGCUGAGAAGGGCCAAUCACGUAUCCUAUAAACCCACCAUGACAACUACAUACGAGGGCUCAUCAAUGUCCCUAUCACGGUCCAACAGUCGUGAGCAUUUGGGAAGUGGAAGUGAAUCUGACAACUGGAGAGAUCGAAAUGGAAUAGGGACCACAAGUUCCAGUGAAUUUGCAGCUUCUAUUGGCAGCCCCAAGCGUAAACAAAACAAAUCAACGGAACACUAUCUCAGUAGCAGCAAUUAUAUGGACUGUAUUUCCUCGCUGACAGGAAGCAAUGGCUGUAACUUGAACAGCUCAUUCAAAGGCUCUGAUCUCCCUGAGCUCUUCAGCAAACUUGGCCUGGGCAAAUACACAGAUGUCUUCCAGCAACAAGAGAUUGAUCUUCAGACAUUCCUCACUCUCACAGAUCAGGAUCUGAAAGAACUGGGAAUUACAACUUUUGGUGCCAGGAGGAAAAUGCUGCUUGCAAUCUCAGUUUGUGACUCUGUUCAGAUCCGCAACAAGAUCCUGAGAGCUGCCAGGAUUGUGUGAACCUUGGGAUUUCAAAGAAAAAGAACUAAAUAAAAACCGAAGGAAGCUUUUUGAACCACCAAAUGCACGCACCUCUUUCCUGGAAGGUGGAGCGAGUGGGAGGCUGCCCCGUCAGUAUCACUCAGACAUUGCCAGUGUCAGUGGGCGCUGGUAGCGACACCCUCUAGGCACAUGCCACCCCUGACUGGAGAGCUGGACCCGGGAGACCUGCGAGCGGCUUCACUGCACACUGUCCUCAGCACUCUGGGUGUCUGGUACCAGGACCAAAGCAUCUACUCGCACCUGUACUCUGCGGCAGAAAGGAAGACUACAGAGAUUUCUUUAUGCUGCCAUACAAAACACCAAAUGUGGAUUACUUUUUAAAAUGACAUUUGGACAGAAUUUACAAUAUGAAAAUAGGGCUUUAUUUCCAUUUUUUAACCUGUAUAACAUUAUGCACUGAUUUUUUUUUUUUUUUUUACUUAAAAUGAAGGAUAAAUUAACAUCUGGGGUGCCAGUAAACUUAAAAGUUAUUUUGUUUGUUUUGGUAUUUGGGAAUUUAAAAAAAUAAUCAAAGUGGAAUUUCUGGUACUGCUUUAAAAGAAUUAUUGAGGCCUUUCAGCACUUUACAUGUUCUGAUUUCUUGUCCUGUGGAAAUUUUCUUUUUCUCUUGUUUCUCUCAAUUUCAUGUUGGUACAAAUCAGAUUUAGUCAUGUUUUUCUGACUACAUCAAAUUUUUAUUUGAAAUGGUACUGGAUAUUAGCUUUUCUGCAGACUAUUCUGUGAUUUUGGGAAAUGUGAGUCCACUUGGUUACGGACCAAUUCUUGUCAUUUAUGUCAGCAUCUUAGAAACUAGCAGUGAACCUAGCUCACGGUAACAGGUGCAAAGACAGACCAAAUGAAGUUUGCAAUAUUAACCCUUUGCAGUCAUCAUAUUUAGCUGCUGCCUAUAUUGCUAAAAUGUUUUAAUGGUUGUUUGAAGGCAAAGGGCUGUUUUUAUUUAGUAUACUGCCACUAAAGGACAUUUAUUUAUAUCAAACUUUUAUUUUUAGAUAUUAUAAGCAUACAGUACAUAAUUGAUGAAAUUGAUAUUUGCUAGAGAUUUAUGGUAGAGAAUGGACGGCAUUCAAUAACUGGAGCCCUAGAUUGUCACUUUAUUUAAAAAGACAGAUAACCAUCUGACAAGACAUCACUGUUGCCAUUAUGAAAAGAAAACAAUAUGUCCUUGUGAGGUAUACAUUAAUUGUGCUCCGUAUGGUCACAGGACUUUCCUAAAAUUGUUUGCUUCAAGUAGGCUUGAGAAUGGAAAGGCUUUAUUUAAGUCUCCAGGAUGACAGCUUAUAAAGAUAGCUGAAUUUUGAAGGGAAAAAAGAGACCGUUUUCUCAGUGGCUACAUUUAUUGUUAAAAUCAUACUGUGAAAGUCUAAGAAAUCGGGCAACGUUGUUUCCUGGGUCUUUUCAGAUAUCUUAUUGUGGAUUUAUGAAGGUUUUUAAUCCAUGAAGAAAAUCACUAAAGUGCCUUCCUUUAUUCAAAGCAAUAUUAUUUCCAAGUAUAUUAAUUUGUUGGAAAGCUUUCCCAUAGGAAGUGUUCUCAAUUACCUGUAAUGACUUAUUUAUAUUCAGUACUCAAGACUUUCUAUGUGGACAUAAACCACUGUGACAUGCUUUUAGUAGAAGGCAUUAGAUAAACUUAUACAAUCAUUGAGAAAUUAUGCAAAUGUGGAGUGAGAAACACCCAGACCUUUUUCCAUAGCUAACUUACCAUUAAAGGAAGAACAAGAAUUGAAAAUGUAUUUUGCACAUAGAGAAAAAAUGUUCACUUUAAAAAAUGAACCUUGGUCACCUUGAAGGCGUAGACGACACACUUAUAAAAUGAACAGCUAAACUCAAUCUCCUCUGCCCUAGGUUGUAGAAAUAAGUCUCUCCUUUUGCACAUACAGUGCCGUCUUCCUGUGCACAUGCACAGACACUCGUGUGGAGCUCCUUGAGUUCUUCUGAUGUGGAAAGUGUUACGCCAAGCAUUCAAGCAAAGCGUAAUAGUUCUCACUUUGUUUCCUAUUCAACAAGUCGAUUUUUAAAAUAUGAUUAUUUUUUUGUAAGAUCUUCCACAAAUAACAAAAUAAUCAGUUGGAGCCCUUCUCUCCUCUUUCUACUGUGUCUUUGCAAAUAAGAGAAAGAUAGAAUGAAUAUGCAGUGUUAAAUUGAUCAGAUUUUAUGAACAGUGUGUUCUUAUUAUGCCAAAGGGAGAAACUAUCCCACUUAAAAUAGGUAAAAGAGGGUGGCUAAAAAUAAAAACACUGGAAGUUAUUUUUCUCACUUUCUCUUGAUAGAAUGAAGGGAAUAUGACACUACAGUAUACAGAGUUGUCAGUGUAUAUGAUGCACAGAAUAUUUGGAUUAUUUGAAUAAAUGUUAGCUUUUAAUCCAUCUGCGCCUUAAUAGUGACUGGUUAUCUGUAAAUAGAGAACAGAUACAGAUUGUAUUUUUGUGUGUGGUUUUGUCCUUUUAGUGACUUUUUUUAAAAAAAUGAAAGAUGGAAUUAACAUUGAAAAUGGAAAUUUUUCUAAUCAAUUGUUACAUGAGAAAUAAAUUUAUAUAACCCC